CAGCUCUGGCAAAGUGUGCAUCGUGCAGAAGCGGGACACGGAGAAGAUGUACGCCAUGAAGUACAUGAACAAGCAGCAGUGCAUUGAGCGGGACGAGGUCCGCAAUGUCUUCCGGGAGCUGGAGAUCCUGCAGGAGAUCGAGCACGUCUUCCUGGUCAACCUCUGGUACUCCUUCCAGGAUGAGGAGGACAUGUUCAUGGUCGUGGACCUGCUUCUGGGCGGAGACCUACGCUACCACCUGCAGCAGAAUGUGCAGUUCUCCGAGGACACGGUGAGGCUGUACAUCUGUGAGAUGGCGCUGGCCCUGGACUACCUGCGCGGCCAGCACAUCAUCCACAGAGAUGUCAAGCCUGACAACAUUCUCCUGGAUGAGAGAGGACACGCGCACCUGACCGACUUCAACAUCGCCACCAUCAUCAAGGACGGGGAGCGGGCGACAGCGUUAGCGGGCACCAAGCCGUACAUGGCUCCAGAGAUCUUCCACUCUUUUGUCAAUGGCGGGACCGGCUACUCCUUCGAGGUGGACUGGUGGUCGGUGGGGGUGAUGGCGUACGAGCUGCUGCGAGGAUGGAGGCCCUACGACAUCCACUCCAGCAACGCCGUGGAGUCCCUGGUGCAGCUCUUCAGCACCGUGAGUGUCCAGUAUGUCCCCACGUGGUCCAAGGAGAUGGUGGCCUUGCUGCGGAAGCUCCUCACUGUGAACCCUGAGCACCGGUUCUCCAGUCUCCGGGAGGUGCAGGCAGCUCCAGCGCUGGCCGGCGUGCGGUGGGACCACCUGAGUGAGAAGACGGUGGAGCCGGGCUUUGUGCCCAACAAAGGCCGUUUGCACUGCGACCCCACCUUCGAGCUAGAGGAGAUGAUCCUGGAGUCCAGGCCCCUGCACAAGAAGAAGAAGCGCCUGGCCAAGAACAAGUCCCGGGACAGCAGCAGGGACAGCUCCCAGUCCGAGAACGACUAUCUUCAAGACUGCCUUGAUGCAAUCCAGCAAGACUUCGUGAUUUUUAACAGGGAAAAGCUGAAGAGGAGCCAGGACCUCCUGAGCGAGCCUCUCCCCGCCCUUGGGCCCAGGGAUGUUGCGGAGCCUCUGGAGGACGAGGCAGAGCCCUCCGCCUUGCCCAUGUGCGGCCCCAUCUGCCCCUCGGCCGGGAGCGGCUAGGCCGGGACGCCCGUGGUCCUCACCCUCAGGCUGGUUUAGAGACUCAACUGCCAGAGGAGGGCCACGGGGCGGAAGCCUGGCAUUAUGUUCCCACCCAGCAGCCUGGCUGGCAGUGCCCGCAGUGCCCUGGACACAUUUCAUACCUCGGGUUCGUGGUGUUGGACGGGACAAGAGGCUGUGGGUGCAGCAGGCACCUGUGGAGGCCAGCAAGGAGGGCACUGCCCAUGGGCCCUGGGACCUGCCUAAUGGCGAAAGCGCUGCUGGGCGCCCCUUUGUUGCGCACAGGGGGCCGGGGCCACAAAUGGGAAGGAGCCCUUGGCCCCGCUUGGCCCCCAGGCUGGGCGUGGCCUACUUCACAAGGUGAGCACUUGCAGGGUGCCCAGGCUCGGCCCAGUUCUUGGAGGUCAAGGGCGCGGGCUGUGGGUAGCGGGUGGGGAGGCAGAUGUUUUCUGAUCACACUGCUCCAGCAUUUCUGCUGCUUCUGUAUAGUUUUCACCUCUGAGAAUUACAGUGUGAGAAGCGCUU